AUGCGAUACUUCUGCUGCCCGCUCAGUACAGCAGCAGCAAGCGGUCAGCUGCAGCCCCAGCAGCAGCAGCAGCAGCAGCAGCAGCCGGAAGCAGCAGCAGCCGCCAGCAGCAGCGACGCUGCAUCGACCCCUCGCCAAGACCAGCACCAGCCCGCGCAGCAGCCCCAGCCCCAGCAGCAGCAGCAGCAGCAUGACCAGCAGCAGCAGCAGCAGCAGCAGCAGCAGCAGCAGCAGCAGCAGCAGGACUAUCUCUAUGACGCAGAAGAAGAAGUGCUAAGCCCCGAACAGCGCCAAGAGAAAGAGCGGCUUAUUAAACUCUUGGCGAAGAAGCUGGCGGGGCCCUUAGCAGACGCAGACGGCUGCGUUCCCACAGGCAAACCCUAA